GGCUGUUUUGUACCUUGUUACUAAUUGUUUGAUUAGUAGUGUUUACUCAAAAAAAGUUCCUGUUGAGAUUUUGAACAUAAUUGGGGUUGAUGAGUAUGGUAGUUUUCCAUGGGUUAUACCAGUGUUUGAAUUAACUUUGCACAAUUUAAAGAUUGGUCUGAGGGGUGUUAUGAAGGGAAAAGGUGUUGCUAAGCCUCUUGCUAAGGUUAAAGGGAAACAUUUGGAAAAGGGUCCUCGAUCUUAUAAACUUCCUGGUUUACCUUUUGCAUUUUUGGUUUGGUUGUAUGAAACCAUUCCUUUGUGCUUGAAGGCAAAGUUUUGUUCCUAUGAUUCUGGUAAACCAUAUAGGUUUUGUAGAUGGAAGAGUAUUGGAAAUCCUAAUUCAAGUGAAGUUGAGAAGAAAGUUCUAUCUUCAAAUAAGGUAUUUUUUAUAUUUUGUAAAUUGUUUAUUUGUUGUUUUUAUUAUAUUUUGUAAACUAAUUAUUUUUUCUUGUUUUGCUAGCUGAAAGGAAAACAUAUUGUGCCUACUGAAGAUGAAAUAAAAGGUUUAUUGGUGCUUACUGGAAUGGAGUUUAUUGGCCGAGAAGAGUCAGAUGAUGACUUUGAUGAUGUUCCAUUCUCAAAGUUUAAUGUUGAUAGAGUUGGAUCUUCUGGUGUACAGAAGGAGUUUACUGGUGGGUUUGAUGUCGAUGGUGUGAUGCGUAAGAUGAAGGAGUUUAUUUCUAGGCAAAAGAAGACUGAUGAGUCUAUUGAAGUAUUGAAUAAUGUGUUGGAGGGUAGAUUCAAGGAGUUGCAGUUAAGUCUUCAGUCGUAUAUUGACUCAAAGAUCAGUGAAGGCUUGGUUUUUUUUAUGGAAUUGAAGUUUAAUGAGUUGAAGGAAGCUAUUGAAAAUGCAAAAAUUUCUAAAGAUGGAAAUGAUAGUCCUGAUGAGAGCGAUGGCAAGAAUGAUGAUUUAAAUGAUGUUGAAGUUUUUGAUGUGAAAAGUCAAGAUGCAAUUGAAACUGUUGGACUCGAUGAGAAUAUCCAAUAUACUCAGGUUUUUAAUGAUGAUGCUCCUUCAUUUGAUAUUAUGAGUUUUAUUUCUAGUAAACCUGAUUGGUUUACUGAAGAAAAAAAGAAUACUGAUAAAUUGAAUGAUGAAGAACAGGUUGUUGAUGAUCAUGGCCUAUUUAAGGAUGUUGUUAAAAAAUCUAAGGAGGAUGAAGAUGAUGGUGGUGAUGACCAGGGUUUGGGGGGUGGUGAUGCUGUUAAAGCUAUUGGUUCAGAUGGGACAAAUAAAGACAAUGUUGAGGGAAAGAAUACUGAAGAAGCAAAAGAUGUUGCAGAUCGGAGUAAUAAAGAUAAUGUUGAGGGCAGAGCAGUUGAUGUAGAUGCAAGUGUAAAUGAUGUUGAAGGUGUUUGUAGUAAGGGAAAGUUGUUUGAUAGUCAAGGCACUGAGGAUAGUAUCACUGUGUCUGCUUUGGAGAUUAUAAAUGAAAAGAUUGAUGCCUAUGAGGGAAGCAUUAAAAAGGAUAAGUCUUUAAAUAAAUUAGAGGCAACAAAUGCUGAUGUUUUAUCUACCUAUGGGUUGGACAAGACUGAUGUUGUUGGUGUUGAGAAGAAGCAUGGUUCUCAAGAAAGCUUUUCUGUAUCUACCAUGGAGGUUGUUAAUGAUCAUUUGGUUUCCUAUGAAGACAGUUUGAAAAAGGGAAAGUCUAUAAAAUUGGAGGAAGAAACUCCUACAGUUGGAAAUAGAGAGAGGAAACCUAGUUACGUAUACAACGGUCCGUAUGCCACGAAAUUUGGUUCAGGUAGUAUUGGUAAACCAAAAGGUGGACGUCCUGGAUCAUGUGCUUUUGGAUUUGGCUUUUUCAAUGUGAUUGAUGAUGUGCAAGCUAAAUCUUUUGAUCCGUGGUUUAAGAUUGGGUUUAAUGAUAAAAACAAAGUGAAGAAGUUUAAAGAAUGUCAUAGGAAGCUUAAGGUUCCAUUGGAUUUUGUGCAUAUUGAUGUUUGUUUCUACUAUUUGAGAAAGAAGUUAAAGUAUGACCAGUCUGUGAAAAUUUCUGGUAAUACUACUGAUUGCUUCUUUGCUUCUCAAAUUUUUGAAUUAUAUAAUGAGUUUGUUGCAAGUGGUGAAAAUGUUGAUUCGGUUAAGAAGGAUUCUAAGGCAGUUUGCAUACAUAGCGGGUUUUUAUAUGUUAUGCAAUAA